UUACUACUUGUGAACUCAAGAUUAGAAGUAGAUAAAAUUGUCGACAGUUCCAUAAACCUCUUGCCACUCUCUCUGCAAAUAACCUCACUUUUCUUCUCAGUUUGUCCAUCAAAAUGGUUAUCUCCGCAGCAACUUGUUCACCAUCAUUAAUUCUGUUCUUUCCCUCAGCUCCACUUCACAAAACCCCCAUUUCAAAACUCUCCACCAAAACCCUUAUAAUUAAAUCAGCUGCUGCUCCUACUAGCAUCUCCACUGCAACAGCUUCAAUCCCAUCCAAGAAGGUUCUUGUUCCAAUUGGAUUUGGGACAGAGGAAAUGGAAGCAGUUAUACUGGUUGAUGUUAUGCGCCGAGCUGGUGCGGAGGUGACUGUGGCAUCGGUCGAGAAGGAGCUUGAGAUUGAAGCCUCUGGGGGCACUAGACUUGUCGCUGAUACAUCUAUUUCAACGUGUGCAGAUCAAAUUUUUGAUCUUGUUGCAUUGCCUGGAGGAAUGCCUGGCUCUGCACGUCUGAGAGACUGCAAGAUUCUACAGGAAAUUACAAGCAAACAAGCUGAAGAGAAAAGGUUAUACGGGGCAAUUUGUGCUGCUCCAGCAGUUACACUCUUGCCAUGGGGACUACUCAGAAGGAAACAUUCAACUUGUCACCCUGCAUUUAUGGACAAACUUCCGACCUUCUGGACUGUUAAGUCAGAUAUUCAUAUAUCCAAAGAGUUGACUACCAGCCGCGGCCCUGGCACUUCAUUUGAGUUCUCUAUUGCAUUGGUUGACCAAUUGUUUGGCGAAUCUGUUGCAAAGGAUAUCGGCAAGUUGUUGUUGAUGAAGACUGCUGAUAAAAGUUCAAGAAAACAAGAAUUCAAUGACGUCAGCUGGUCUGUUGAUCAUAUCCCUCGUGUUCUCAUCCCCGUUGCCAAUGGUACGCAAGAGAUCGAAUUGGUAAUAAUUGUAGAUAUUCUAAGGCGUGCAAAUGUCGAUGUUGUUAUCGCUUCAGUUGGAAGAUCUAAAAAAAUUUUGGCAUCCAGAGGCACAAAGAUUGUUGCAGACAAGUUGAUUAAAGAUGCUGCAGAGUCUAUAUAUGACUUGAUUAUCUUACCGGGAGGCAUUGGUGGGGCUGAGCGGCUACAAAAAUCAAAGUUGCUGAAGAAGUUGCUUAAAGAACAAGAUUCAGCUGGAAGAAUAUAUGGAGCAAUGUGCUCAUCAACAGCAAUUCUGCACGGGCAAGGACUACUCAAGGAGAAACAAGCGACAACUCACCUUUCUCCAACAAGCAACCCUAAUGAGAAGGCAAUAGAUGCUUCCGAAGUAAUUAUUGAUGGUAAAUUGAUCACUAGCAAUGGUCUUGCAACUGCAAUAGAUUUUGCUUUAGCUAUAGUGGACAAACUUUUCGGACAUGAAAGGGCUAGGAGUGUAGCAGAAGGCCUCGUUUUUGGAUAUCCUAAGAGAUAAAGUUUACUGAAAAUUCCUGAAAUGAUGGAUACAGAGUAAAGCAAUAACUUACAUUGCAUGGAAAAGAUUGCGGAAAAGCUGAGCUGGUUCUGUAUAGAAUUCAAGUGUCCCGUGGGCCAAAUUAAAGAGUUAAGCCAUCAACUUGCAUAAAGUCCUUCGCCCAUUUGUGCUGGAUGUUAAUCAAGGAACUAGAACAUUUAUAAGGAGUUACGAUCACCCAAGAUGUUUUAAUCCUGUGCAGAGUGAUGAGACCAGAAUAUUUUCUCAGGAUACAGAGGAGCACUUGAAGCAUUACCAGGUUCUUGCUGAGCUAAUUAUAAACUGGUUAUGCGGUGAUAUUCAAAAUUAAUAUUUAGCAAAGCUUUUUAUAUAAUUUGAUGGCAAUUAUAGACAUUCACUGCAAGCAUUCUCGUAUUUUCCUCAAUAGAUGGUAAAAAAACGUAAAUUAAAUUGUCUUUAUUUAUUUUA